AGCACAGUUGUCUCGUCGGCAGCAGCCUGCACCGCCAUCGGGCCCAGCGCUUGUCGCUUAGAAACGUAGAGAUCCCUAGGUUUGAAAAUUUUUCGUCUUCUCUCUCAUGCCCCAAUCCGCUGCUUACAACUUCAGAUCCCUAUCAAUCUUGCUCAAGUUGAAUUGCAUGCCUAUCAUCCAUCAAUUUCAAGUGCCGUUCCGGCUCCAGAAGUCCCACAACAGAAUCACAAUACACCAAUGUGUAAACAACAUUUCUCUCAAUUUCCUUGCUUGCGUGUCGCCGAGAUCAACGCAUGGAACUUAAGUAUUCUUCCAUCUCAGGAUUGAGUAGUAUCCAUGGCCCGCUUUCGCUGGAAUACCUGUGCCGCGACUGCUACGCUUACUGCAGCUGGAAGUUCAUCUUUCAGAGGCGAACAGCUAGUAAGAUCGCACAUUUUCGUGCUUCCUUUCCUACUUGCCCUAUAUCAGGACCCUUCAGACUUCCACUUCCCUCCGCUCGGGCUUCGGGGAAGAAGGGAAAAUCAGAGUAUAAGUCCGAGUCAUAUAUUAUUCUACGGAAGAACCUCCUUUUCCGGAUCCCUUCAAACCAGAUUGACUCUGAUCUUUGGCGCACAAGUUCCUGUCAGUGCCAGUGUGCCAAGAUGGCCAACCACAUGGCGUGGGGAAGGGAGAUCUUCCUUGAUCUUUAUUACUCGAUAUCCGGGUCGAUUGUCUUCUCGCUCAAGCAAAAGGUCGCCCCUUUUUCCCAUACCGGUUUGUUGGUCCUCGGGAAUCUUGGAUGGUAUUCUGUGGUGCUCCUCGUCAAUGAAAAAAAGGCUCAAACUCAUGCCCCAGUAGUUGCUGUUUGUCCGAUCUUUGCUGCUUCCGGCUUGUCACGAUCACUUCGCAACUUCGGUCCCUCGUUUCUUUCUCUCGGCCUCAUUACCGUGCCUCGGACGCUACAUGGAUGCACUUGGCAUGAUUGAUUUGUGAUAAUGGCACGUUCGGCUCUUCUUCGCCGCCAAACCCAGAUACGCAGGUCACGGCGUAAGAUGUUCUAUGCUUCCUUAUCACAUGGCCAGG